AUGAAUAAUCUUUACAUUAUUAAAGUUAAAAUUCAUAAUAAUUAAAUUAAUAUUAAUAAGCAAUAAAAUCUGUCUGUGAAAUUUUAUUAGAUUAUGAUUUUGAUAAAAGAAUUCCAUGUUAUGGAUUUGGAGGAAUCCCAAAUUAUCUAAAUUUUAGAACACGAGAUGUUUCUCAUUGUUUCCCAUUAACAGGAGAUAUUUACCAACCUGAUGCGCAUGGGCUAUUUUAAAUAAUGGAACUAUAUAAGCAUUCUUUAUAGUUCGUAUAAUUAGGUGGACCUACAUAUUUUGGACCUAUUUUAUAAGAGACUUAAAAUUUAGCAAAAGAAUGUAAAAAUAAAGGGUCUUAAGUUUAUACUAUACUACUUAUAUUAACUGAUGGAGAAAUACAUGAUAUGGAAGAAACUGUAAAUUCUAUAAUAAACUGUUCUUAAUUGCCUUUAUCAAUUAUUAUUGUAGGAGUUGGAUAAGCAGAUUUUAAGAAAAUGCAAAUUUUAGAUGGAGAUUAAGGUUAAUUAAUAAAUUCAAAAGGAUAAAAACCUAGUAGAGAUCUUGUGUAAUUUGUUCCAUUUAGAAAUGUAAAUUAAAAUCCUAUACUUUUGGCUUAGUAAGUUUUAGAAGAAAUACCUAAUUAGUUAGUUGGGUAUAUGA